CUCCCUACCUCUCUGUCCUCUCCAUCUUUUGCCUUUUACAGAGCUACAGUAGAGAUUCCCGACUUCCCUGCCCUUUACUCCUCUCUCUCUCUGUCCUGCUCUUUCUCUGUCUCAUUGAAGAGGAAUUGAUUCCCGAUUUCUGGAAUCAGAUUUGCCCUAACCCUCUGUCGCUCUAUCUCUCUCUGUCUCUCUCUAGCCGGGUCUCUCUCUAGCCGUGUUCUUUGAGAAAUCUCAAAAGACAACGAUAAUCUCCAUAGCAUCGGCGGAUACAGCUGGUAUUUGACUGAUUCCUGUUCAUUACAAGACAUUUGGUGUAUAAAGAUGGGUAAGGACCGUCCACAGGAUUCGUCUCCCUCUUUGCUUACCUCCUACUCCAACAAAACGGAAGGCCCAAGCACAGACGGGGUUCAGUGUGGUAGAUGGCUUCUCCGAUCAACCUGCGUUCGAAGACGUAGACGCCAACCAGUAUCACUGAAAUUUGAACCCUCAACUCCAACUUCAAAGAGGAAAAGACGUGACACUUCUUCUCCUACGCCCUCGGCAAACUCAUUCACCGGCGAGAACAGUGUCCAAGUGCCUAUGACGACUCGUAAAAAAAUCGAUUCUGACAACUGGAGUUAUGAGAACACCGAAAUUUUCCUUCAAAUUAUGGUAGAAGAGGCGAGGAAAGACUAUGGAACAAACUCAAACAAACGUCGCGCAUUUAAUACCCUACAAUGGACGGCAAUCCUAGAGGAGUUAAAGAAGAGGACCAAUAAGACUGACUACACAACUAUUAAGAUCCACCAGAAAUUUGACCGUCUGAAAAAAGACUACAGGCUAUUCAAAGACCUGACCGAGCGAAGUGGGUUGAGUUGGGACCCGGUUAUGCAAACAGUCACUGCAUCGGCGGACGUGUGGGUAACCUAUUUGCAGGCACAUAAGGAUGCCGGAAAAUUUAUUGGUAAAGGGCUUGACCAUUAUGACCUUUUGCACGAGCUUUUGGACGGCUCGUUGGCCACAGGCAUCUUUGGCCAACCCAGCCCCCUAGGAGCCCCCUCGUUGGAGCAGGAGCAACAAUUGAGGAAUCAAGGGAAGGCCAUAAAGUUCAGUGAUAGCACAUUCUCUGAUGGAAGAAAGCGAAUGUCUGAUGGAAGUGGUGGACCAAGCAGUAAGUCAAUGCGAUGUGAGCAAAAAGAGGCAUAUGAUAGAGUGGCUUUCGCGAACCAAAAAAAGGGAGAGUAUUUUGAAACCUUGACACAACAACGUCUUCAGGCCCAAAAUUACUCUAUUGAGGCAUGUCUACUAGCAAUGAACCCACUGAAGGAAUUUGUUAGUGACACUGCCUUCUAUAAGGCUUAUGACAAGCUUCUUGAGGGAGUCAAUUAUAGGGAAGGCUUUAUAAAGCUGACUCCAGAUGGCAGGUUGGGUUGGAUCAGUCGCUUCGGAUCCGGGAAUUGA